AUGAAUAUAGAUAUAAUUGAACCAGCGAAAAGAGUACGAAUACCUUCAUUACAUGCUAGCGGUAAUAAUAAAAUAUCGUCUUUUUUACAAACGGAAAAUCAAUUAUAUAUUGGAAGUAGUAAAGGAGAUUUAUUUAUAUAUGAAAUUUCAUCACAACCAGCAUCAACCAAUCCUGAAACUGAUCGCCAUACCACCAAAACAUUUCCCGAAACAUUCCAAUCACUGGCUACUAAAUCAAUUCGAUCUUUUAAAUCUUUCCAUGAUACAAGACAUUUAUUUAAUGAGAAACAUGAAUAUGAAUUAGUUAAUUCUUUUAUUAAUAUAGUUGGUGAUAAUUCAAGUAUACAAAAAAUCAAAAUACUACCUUUCACUUCAUCACAUACAGUUCAUAAAACUAUUGUGCUAGUCAUAACUCCAACAAUCCUAAAGAUAUUUGAAAUUGUUGGAACUCAUACAAAUUCAAUCUAUCAUCUUGAAGAAUUGAAUUGUAAAGAUGCAUUAUAUUUAGAACAUGGAGAAAAUCGACUAUUGUUCAUUGGUGUCAAAAAAAAACUACUAAUUUUCAAAAUAACAAAUAAAUCAAGAAAUGUAUUACAAUUUACAAAAGCUCAAGAUUUGUCUUUGAAAGACAGAGUACGGACAAUUAAUAAAUUUGAUGAUGAUAAUAUUUUAGUGGCGGUAGAGAAUGAUUAUUGGCUUGUAAACUUGAACAAUUUCGUACCCAAAACUUUAUCAAACAUUAAUGAUCUGGAAGUCUUCAAUUAUGGUACAUCAUUUUCAUAUUUUGGAUUAUCUUCAAUGGGUCCUCUGAUUUGGACAAUUCCAAUAAAUGUCAACAAAAUGUUGCUAAUUAAGGAUACUGCAGUUGUAGUGCUUGUAAAAGAUAAAAUUGAAGUUCAGCCAUCAAAUAUAAAAUUCACCUCAAUUCCACUAGCAAUUAAUUUCAUAUAUCCAAUAUAUUUAGCAGUAACAUAUUCCAAAAAAAUUGAAAUAUUAGACAUUGAACAAGGAACAAUUAUACAGAAGUUCAUGCACCACAUCAAUGCAAAUCAAGUUUUCACAGAUAAUACUGGAUCAGUUAUAAGUUUAGCAUCAGGUCUGAAUAUCUUUCAAUUUAAUAUACUUCCAUUCCAUAAUCAAAUUACUCAGUACUUAAGUGUAAGUGGUAGAGCUCAACAUGGUAAUGUGAAAGACCCUAGUAAUGAUUUAAAACUAAUUGGUAUAGAAAAGGCUAUUGAUCUUGUUUUCAAUUUGGAAGUUAGAGCAAAUAAUGAUAUUUUUGAUGGUGAAAAAUCAAAAGAAUUAAAAUUAAGAGAUUUAAAUAAAUUGAAAGCAACAUAUUUAUUUGGGGUCUAUUCAAAAUACCAUGAAUCAUUAGUUGAAAUAGGAUCAGAUUGGAUAUUAUCAUUUCGUGACAUACUAGCAUUAUUUCCUGAUUUUUUGAAUGGUGAAUAUUUAUUACAUAAAGAGGAUAAAUCAAUUGAUAGAAAUCAAAAUUCUGGAUUUGUGAAUCCCAUAAAAAAGUUAACAAAAGAAGAAUUAGAAAUUAACACAAUAUCAGAAUCUGAGUAUGAUACUGAUAUAACAACACGUAAACCUCAUAGUUCAUCAUCAACAACAACAAGUAAAAAACCAGUGAGUAUCAGAAGAUUUAUUAAAGCAGUCAAUAAUUUGAUCAUAUAUUUAACAGAACAAAGAAGAAUACUAUUGCAAUUUUUUGAUAAAUCAAGAAUACUAUGGAAAGAUGUUGAAAUUGAACCAGCUGAUAUCUAUCCACUUUUUGAAAAUCAGCUUGAGGAAGUUGCAAGUAUUAUAGAUACUUCGUUAUUUUUGUGUUACUUCUAUUGCAAACCAAUGUUGCUUGGACCAUUGCUACGUAUCCCAAACAAUCAUUGCGAUUCAAAAAUCGUAAAUCAAUGUUUAAUGAGUAACAUCCACAAUCAUGUUCAGCAAAGAAACUUAAAGCAACCAAAUUUUAUUAGGGAAUUAUUGGAUUUUUAUUAUGGAAGAAAUUUACAUAAAGAAGCUUUGGAAAUGCUUUAUAAAUUAUCUCAUGAUAAGGCAUUUGUUGAACAUUCAAAUGAGGAGGAUAAUUUAGAUGAUGAUUAUGUACGAAGUCCGCAAUUGACAGUACGAUAUUUACAAAAAUUGAGUAAUGAACACUUAUCACUUAUACUAGAAUUUGCAAAUUGGGUAAUUGAUGAAGAUGAAAAUAAUUGUUUUAAAUUGUUCAUGAAUGAUUCAUUUGAAUGUGAGAAUUAUGAUAAUGGUAAAAUUUUACAUUUUUUGAUUGUUAGAAAAAACAUUGAUCUUGCGAUUGAAUAUUUACAAUGGGUUUUAUAUAAAAGUGAUGUCAAAGAAAAACUAAAAAAAGGUAGUCAAUUUGGGAAAUUUGAAACAAAAUUGUGCAUAUUAUAUAUUCAACAAAUCAAAGACAAAAUCAAAGAAGAUGAAUACUAUAAAAGCUUAUAUAAUUUAUUACUGACAAGUGAAUCAUUUGAUCCAUGGCCUGUAUUAAAAGAAAUACCAACUAAUGAUGAUAAAUUUUUAAGACUAACAGUUUUCAUAUAUAAAAAAUUACAAGAACAUGAAAAAUCAAUAGAUGUAUUAUAUAAUCAAUUAAAUGAUUUAGAUGCAGCAAUGGAAUAUUGUUCAGAAAUGUACAAACAACCAAAUGGUAAAAUAACAGGUAUAAAUUUAUUUCAUAAAUUAUUAGAGGAUUUAUUAAUAGAUUCAAAUUAUAAUGUUGAUGAUAUUUCAAAAUUAUUAACUCAACAAGGAAGUAAAAUGUCCAUACAAAAAAUAUUCAAAAUACUACCGAUAAAUUUCCCACUUUACAAAUUAAAAUCAUUCUUAAAUGAACAAAUACACAAUGUAAACAACAACUUAAACGACUCCAAAAUGAAUUCACAACUAUAUAAAAUUGGAUCAACUAACUUAAAAUCAAAAGUUUUGAAUUUACAAAAUGAAGGAUACAAGAUAAGUUCAAGUAAACAAUUAUGUCCUGUUUGUAAUGAAAGAUUAGGUUAUAGUUAUUUAACAGUCACUAAUGAUGGUGAUAUUAUUCAUUAUGGUUGUGCUCAAAAAUUAAAAAAUCAAUCUAACGGUGACAAUCAGGUUAAAGAAAAUGGAAAUUCUAAUCAUUUUUAA